UGCGCGGCUGUGGCGGCCUAUGAGGACAAGCCCAGGGAGCAGUGGCUCUUUGACCACCCUGCCCAGGUGGCUCUCUGCUGCACCCAGAUCUGGUGGACAGCUGAGGUGGGCAUGGCCUUCUCCAGGAUGAAGGAAGGCUAUGAGAAGGCCAUGAAGGAGUACCACAAGAAGCAGGUGGCCCAGCUGAAUGUGCUGGUGACCAUGCUGCUGGGACAGCUCUCCAGGGGCGACAGGCAGAAGAUUAUGACCAUCUGCACCAUCGACGUGCACGCGCGGGACGUGGUGGCCAAGAUGAUAGCACAGAAGGUGGACACUGGCCAGGCCUUCAUGUGGCUGGCGCAGCUGCGGCACCGCUGGUCGGAUGAGGAGCGGCACUGCUGGGUCAACAUCUGUGAUGCUCAGUUCCUCUACUGCUAUGAGUACCUGGGCAACACCCCCCGGCUGGUCAUCACCCCCCUGACCGACAGGUGUUACAUCACCCUGACCCAGUCCCUGCACCUGACCAUGAGUGGAGCUCCUGCAGGCCCUGCUGGCACUGGCAAGACAGAGACCACCAAGGACCUGGGCCGUGCCCUGGGCAUCAUGGUCUACGUGUUCAACUGCUCCGAGCAGAUGGACUACAAGUCUUGUGGGAAUAUUUACAAAGGCCUUUCCCAGACAGGAGCCUGGGGCUGUUUUGAUGAAUUUAACAGGAUCUCAGUUGAAGUCCUUUCUGUGGUUGCUGUACAGGUGAAGAGUGUGCAGGAUGCCAUCCGGGAGAAGAAGAAAUCCUUCAAUUUUCUUGGAGAAGACAUUAACUUAGUCCCCUCAGUUGGGAUUUUCAUCACCAUGAACCCUGGUUAUGCAGGACGAACCGAGCUACCUGAGAAUUUAAAAGCUCUCUUCAGGCCCUGUGCCAUGGUUGUGCCAGAUUUUGAGCUGAUCUGUGAGAUUAUGUUGGUGGCUGAGGGCUUCCUCCAGGCCCGGGCCUUGGCCAGGAAAUUCAUCACACUCUACCAACUCUGCAAGGAGCUCCUGUCCAAGCAGGACCACUAUGACUGGGGUCUGCGGGCCAUCAAGUCAGUGCUGGUGGUGGCAGGCUCCCUGAAGCGUGCGGACCCUGAGCGGCCUGAGGAGCAGGUCCUGAUGCGCUCCCUCCGCGACUUCAACAUCCCCAAAAUCGUGACAGACGAUGUUCCAGUGUUCAUGGGGCUGAUUGGGGACCUGUUCCCUGCCCUGGACGUGCCUCGGAAGCGCGACCUGGAUUUCGAGGCCAUGGUGAAGGAGGCUGUGCUGGAGCUGCGGCUGCAGCCCGAGGACAACUUUGUGCUCAAAGUGGUGCAGCUGGAGGAGCUGCUCAGUGUCCGGCACUCCGUGUUCGUGGUGGGGGCUGCAGGCACAGGCAAGUCCCAGGUGCUGAGGUCCCUGCACAAAACCUACCAGAGGAUGAAGCGCCGGCCCGUGUGGACAGACCUCAACCCCAAAGCAGUCACUAAUGAUGAGCUCUUCGGCGUCAUUAACCCAGCAACCAGGGAGUGGAGAGAUGGACUGUUUUCAUCAAUCAUGAGAGAGCUGGCCAACAUCUCACAUGAUGGUCCCAAGUGGAUGGUACUAGAUGGAGAUAUUGAUCCAAUGUGGAUUGAAUCUCUGAACACUGUGAUGGAUGAUAAUAAGGUGCUGACCCUGGCCAGCAAUGAGAGGGUCCCUCUGAACCCCACAAUGAGGCUGCUGUUUGAGAUCAGCCACCUGCACACGGCCACCCCGGCCACCGUGUCCCGGGCAGGGAUCCUGUACAUCAAUCCCUCAGACCUGGGAUGGAAUGCCCCCGUGAGCAGCUGGAUUGACCGGCGGGAGGUGCAGUCGGAGAGGGCCAACCUGACCAUUCUGUUUGACAAAUACCUGCCCGUGUGCCUGGACACCCUGAGAGCCAGAUUUAAGAAGAUUAUUCCCAUUCCUGAGCAGAGCAUGGUUCAGAUGCUGUGUUACCUGCUGGAAUGCCUCCUGACAGAGGACAACACCCCUCCAGAUUGUCCCAAGGAGCUUUAUGAACUUUACUUUGUCUUUGCUGCUGUCUGGGCCUUUGGUGGCUCCAUGUUCCAGGACCAGCUCGUGGACUACAGAGUGGAGUUCAGCAAGUGGUGGGUGGCAGAAUUCAAGACAAUCAAGUUCCCUUCUCACGGCACAGUCUUUGACUUUUACGUUGAUCCAGAAACAAAGAAGUUUGAGCCUUGGUCUAAACUCAUCCCCCAGUUUGAAUUUGAUCCAGAGGUGCCACUGCAGGCCUGCCUGGUGCCCACGGCUGAGACGGUCCGGGUGCAGUUCCUGGUGGCCAGGCUGCUGCAGCGCCGGCGCCCCGUGCUGCUGGUGGGCACUGCUGGCACAGGCAAGUCUGUGCUGCUGGGUGACACGCUCUGCUCGCUGGACACUGAUGCCUUCCUGGUCAAGAAGGUGCCCUUUAACUACUACACCACCUCUGCCAUGCUGCAAGGUGUGCUGGAGAAGCCUCUGGAGAAAAAGGCUGGCAGGAAUUACGGCCCCCCAGGCACCAAGAGGCUGGUGUACUUCAUGGAUGACCUGAACAUGCCCCAGGUGGACGCCUAUGGCACCGUGCAGCCCCACACCCUGCUCAGGCAGCACCUGGACUAUGGACAUUGGUACGACAGGAGCAGGCUGUCCCUGAAGGAGAUCAGCAAUGUGCAGUACGUGUCCUGCAUGAACCCCACUGCAGGGAGCUUCACCAUCAACCCCCGGCUCCAGCGUCACUUCUGUGUCUUCGCUCUCUCCAGCCCUGACCAGGACUCCUUGUCCAGGAUCUACAGCACCAUCUUGGUGCAGCACCUGGCCAGUGGGAACUUCUCAGAGGCUGUGCAAAAAUCAGCCCAGCAGCUCAUUGCCCUGGCCCUGGGGCUGCACAGGAAGGUGGCUGCCAUGUUCCUGCCAACAGCUGUCAAGUUCCACUACGUCUUCAACCUCAGAGACCUCUCCAAUAUCUUCCAAGGCCUGCUGUUCUCUACCCCUGAAUGUCUGAAGCAGCCCCAAGACCUAGUGAAGCUCUACCUGCACGAGUCAAACCGGGUGUACCGGGAUAGGAUGGUUGAGGAAGUGGAUUGGGACACUUUUGAUAAAAUCCAGCGGGAGAUGGUGAAGAAAUGCUAUGACGACAUUGAGGACACUUUAGAGCAGGCCAAACACAUGAAUAUUUACUGCCAUUUUGCCAAAGGCCUUGGGGAACCUGGCUACCGGCCAGUUCCAAGCUGGGAGGAACUGAACCAGAUCCUCGUGGAAGCCUUGGACAGCUACAACGAAGUCAACGCUGCCAUGGACCUGGUACUGUUUGAGGAUGCCAUGAGCCACGUCUGCCGCAUCAGCCGUGUCCUGGAGGCGCCGCGGGGGAACGCGCUCCUGGUCGGCGUGGGCGGCACGGGCAAGCAGAGCCUGACCCGCCUGGCUGCCUUUCUCUGCUCCAUGGAGGUCUUCCAGAUCACCCUGAGGAAAGGCUACGGCGUCCCUGACCUCAAGGCAGACCUGGCAAACCUGUACCUGAAGGCAGGGCUGAAGAACAUGGGCUCUGUGUUCCUUCUGAGCGACGCACAGGUGGCAGACGAGCAGUUCCUGGUGCUGGUCAACGACUUCCUGGCAUCAGGGGAAAUCCCAGAUCUCUUCCCUGAUGAUGAAGUGGAAAACAUCAUCAGCAGUGUGAGGAGUGAAGUCAGGGGCCGGGGGCUGGUGGAUUCCAGGGAGAAUUGCUGGAGGUUUUUCAUCGAGCGCGUCCGACGGCAGCUGAAGGUGGCUCUGUGCCUGUCCCCCGUGGGCCCCAAGCUGCGCCUCCGCAGCCGCCGCUUCCCGGCGCUGGCCAGCUGCACCACCAUGGACUGCUUCCAACCAUGGCCCCGCCAGGCCCUGGAGUCCGUCAGCCUCCGUUUCCUGCGGGACAUGGACACCCUGCAGGAUUCAGUCAAGGAUUCAAUAAGCAAAUUCAUGGCCCACGUCCACAUCAGUGUCAAUGAGGUGUCCCAGCUGUACCUGAGCAAUGAGCGCCGUUACAACUACACCACCCCCAAGUCCUUCCUGGAGCAAAUCAAACUCUACCAGAGCCUGCUGCUGAGCAAGGACAGGGAGUUAAAGGCAAAAAUGGAGCGCCUGGAGAACGGCCUGGAGAAGCUCAAGAGCACCUCUGCACAGGUGGAUGAGCUGAAGGCCAAGCUGGCAGCCCAGGAGGUGGAGCUGAAGCAGAAGAACGAGGAUGCUGACAAGCUGAUCCAGGUGGUGGGGGUGGAGACGGAGAAGGUGAGCAGAAAGAAAGCAGUGGCUGAUGAGGAGGAGCGGAAGGUGGCCCUCAUUGCCCAGGAGGUGGAGCAGAAGCAGAAGGACUGUGAGGAGGACCUGGCCAAGGCUGAGCCUGCCCUGGCAGCUGCCCAGGCUGCUCUCAACACCCUCAACAAGACCAAUCUGACGGAGCUGAGGUCCUUUGGGUCACCUCCUUCUGCUGUCAGCAACGUCACAGCAGCCGUAAUGGUGCUGACAGCCCCGGGAGGGAAGAUCCCCAAGGACAGGAGCUGGAAAGCAGCCAGAGUGGCCAUGGCAAGGGUAGACAGCUUCCUGGACUCCUUGAUCAAGUUCAACAAGGAGAACAUCCAUGAGAACUGCUUGAAAGCCCUGCAGCCCUAUCUGCAGGACCCCAGCUUCAACCCCGAGUUCGUGGCCACCAAGUCGGCAGCGGCGGCUGGGCUGUGCUCGUGGGUGCUGAACAUCGAGCGCUUCCACCGCGUCUUCUGUGAGGUGCAGCCCAAGAGACAGGCCCUGGACAGGGCCAAUGCUGAACUGGCAGCAGCCCAGGACAAGCUGGCCACUGUCAAGGCCAAAAUUUCUCGCCUCAACGAGAACCUGGCCAAGCUCACAGCCCGGUUUGAGAAGGCCACAUCAGACAAACUCAGGUGCCAGCAGGAAGCUGAAGCCACAGCCUGCACCAUCACCCUCGCCAACCGCCUGGUUGGGGGGCUCGCCUCUGAAAAUGUGAGGUGGGCUGAGGCUGUGAAGGACUUCAAACAGCAGCAGAGCACCUUGUGUGGAGAUGUCCUGCUGGUCACAGCCUUUGUCUCCUACCUGGGCUACUUCACCAGGAAAUACCGCCAGGAGCUCCUGGAUGGCAUCUGGAGACCCUAUUUGCACCAGCUAAAAGUGCCAUUGACGCCGCAGCUGGAGCCGCUGUCGGUGCUGGCGGACGAGGCGGCCGUGGCGGCCUGGCGGAACCAGGGCCUGCCCGCCGACCGCACCUCCAGCCAGAACGCCGCCAUCCUCAGCAGCUGCCAGCGCUGGCCCCUCCUGGUGGACCCCCAGCUGCAGGGCAGCAAGUGGAUCAAAAACACCCACGGGGACGCGCUCCGCGUGAUCCGAGCCGGGCAGAAAGGGUAUCUGGACACACUGGAGCAAGCCCUGGCUGCUGGAGACCUGGUUUUGAUUGAGAACCUGGAGGAAUCCGUGGAUCCUGUGCUGGGGCCAUUACUGGGGCGAGAAACAAUCAAGAAAGGCAGGUACAUCAAGAUUGGGGACAAGGAGUGUGCCUUGCACCCUGCCUUCCGUCUGAUCCUGCACACCAAGCUGGCCAACCCCCACUUCCAGCCCGAGCUGCAGGCCCAGUGCACCCUCAUCAACUUCUCUGUCACCCGCGACGGCCUCGAGGAGCAGCUGCUGGCGGCCGUGGUGCGUCUGGAGAGACCCGACCUGGAGGAGCUGAAGUCAGAUCUCACAAAGCAACAGAAUGAAUUCAAGAUCACCUUGAAAACGUUGGAGGACAAUUUGCUCUCUCGGCUGUCAUCAGCAUCUGGGAAUUUCCUGGGAGACACAGCAUUGGUGGAGAACCUGGAGAGCACUAAGAGGACAGCUGCAGAGAUAGUGGAGAAGGUGCAGGAGUUCAAGGUGACAGAAGGCAGGAUUAACGAGGCCAGGGAGCAGUACAGGCCCGCGGCCUGCCGUGCCGCCAUGCUCUACUUCACCAUGAACGAGCUGCACAACGUCCACCCCAUGUACCAGUUCUCCCUGAAGGCAUUCCAGGGGGUGUUCCAGAAGGCCAUGGAGAGGGCAGCCCCUGCUGAGAGCCUGGCAGGGCGGGUGCUGAGCCUCACAGACAGCAUCACCUUCUCCGUGUUCCAGUACACGGCCCGGGGGCUCUUCGAGAGGGACAAACUGACCUUCACUGCCCAGCUCACCUUCCAGAUACUUCUGAUGAAUAAAGAAAUCUACCCAGCAGAACUGGAUUUCCUGCUCAGAUACCCAGCACAGACUGGAGUCACAAGCCCUGUGGAGUUCCUGUCUGACCAUGCCUGGGGAGGAAUCAAGGCUCUCUCAUCCAUGGAGGAAUUCAGAAACCUGGAUCGGGACAUCGAGGGCUCUGCAAAACGGUGGAAGAAGUUUGUGGAGUCUGAGUGUCCAGAGAAGGAGAGGUUCCCCCAGGACUGGAAGAACAAGUCAGCCCUGCAGCGCCUGUGCAUCCUGCGUGCCCUGCGGCCCGACCGCGUCCCCUGCGCCGUCAGAGAUUUUGUAGAAGAAAAACUGGGCAGCAAAUAUGUGGUGGGGAGAUCCCUGGAUUUUGCAACGACCUUUGAGGAGUCAGGGCCUGGCACCCCCAUGUUUUUUAUCCUGUCCCCAGGAGUGGACCCACUGAAGGAUGUGGAGAAGCAUGGGAAGAAGCUGGGCUACACCUUCAACCACAGGAACCUGCACAACGUUUCCCUUGGGCAAGGCCAGGAGGUGGUGGCUGAACAAGCUCUGGAUGUGGCUGCAAAGGAGGGACACUGGGUCAUCCUCCAGAACAUCCACCUGGUGGCCAAGUGGCUGAGCUCCCUGGAGAAGAGGCUGGAGCAGCUGAGCCAGGGCAGCCACCGGGAUUUCCGCGUGUUUCUGAGCGCGGAGCCGGCACCGUGCCCGGAGAGCCACAUCAUCCCCCAGGGCAUCCUGCAGAACUCCAUCAAAAUCACCAGCGAGGCGCCCACCGGCAUCCACGCCAACCUGCACAAGGCCCUGGACAACUUCAGCCAGGACACCCUGGAGAUGUGCAGCCAGGAAAAGGAGUUCAGGAGCAUCCUCUUUGCCCUGUGCUAUUUCCACGCAGUGGUGGCGGAGCGGCGCAAGUUUGGCCCCCAGGGCUGGAACCGCCCGUACCCCUUCAGCACUGGGGACCUCACCAUCUCUGUCAACGUGCUCUACAACUACCUGCAGGCCAGCUCCAAGGUCCCCUACGAUGACCUGCGCUACCUCGUGGGUGAGAUCAUGUAUGGAGGGCACAUCACGGAUGACUGGGACAGGCGGCUCUGCAGAACCUACCUGGAAGAGUUUAUCAAGCCAGAAAUGCUGGAGGGAGAGCUCUGCCUUGCUCCUGGAUUUCCCCUCCCAGGGAACAUGGAUUAUAAUGGCUAUCACCAGUACAUUGAUGAUGCCCUGCCUCCAGAGUCCCCCUACCUGUACGGCCUCCACCCCAACGCCGAGAUCGGGUUCCUGACGCAGCGCUCGGAGCGGCUCCUGCACACCGUGCUGGAGCUGCAGCCCUGUGACAGCAGCACGGGCCAGGGAGCUGGGGGCACCCAGGAGGAGAUGGUGCAAACCCUCCUGGAGGAGAUGUUAGAGAAGCUCCCGGACGAGUUCAACAUGGCAGAGCUGCUGGCCAGGCUGGAGGAGAGGACUCCCUACGCCGUGGUUGCCCUGCAGGAGUGCGAGCGCAUGAAUGCGCUCACGGCCGAAAUGCGGCGCUCGCUGGGCGAGCUGGAGCUGGGCCUGAAGGGGGAACUGACCAUGACCAGCGAGAUGGAGACCAUGCAGAACUCCCUCUUCUUUGGCACCGUGCCUGAGUCCUGGGUGAGGAGAUCCUACCCUUCCACAGCCAGCCUUGGAUCAUGGUUUGCUGACCUGCUGGCCCGCAGCAGCGAGCUGGAAGCCUGGACCAGGGACUUCUCCUUGCCCUCCACGCUGCGGCUCGGAGGGUUCUUCAACCCCCAGGCCCUCCUGACGGCCAUCAUGCAGAGCACAGCCCGCAAGAACAGGUGGCCCCUGGACAGGAUGGCGCUGCAGUGUGACGUGACCAAGAAGAGCAGAGAGGAUUUUGCCAGUGCUCCUCGUGAGGGGGCCUAUGUGCAUGGGCUGUUCAUGGAGGGAGCACGCUGGGAUGUUCAGGCCGGGACCAUCACGGAGGCCAGGCUCAAGGAGCUGACCCCAGCCAUGCCUGUGGUGUUCAUCAGGGCCAUUCCUGAUGACAAGCAGGACACCAGGGGCUUGUACCCAUGUCCUCUGUACAGAACACGCCAGAGAGGCCCGACCUAUGUGUGGACUUUUAACCUGAAAACCAAGGAGAACCCAUCCAAGUGGGUGCUUGCUGGGGUGGCCCUGCUGCUCCAGGUCUGAGGCACCAGCACAGGCCCUGCUCUGCAAACCCCUCACAAUGUCACAGCAUUUAAACAGUUCAAUGCUGAGAUUAACAAAUUCCAUCUCUCUGAUGGACUCCCAGGUUAUCUCUGUGUCCUGCGGAUGUGACCCAACAGGGCCUGUGAGGAGGGGACAGAGGUGCAGGGGACACGGCCCAGGUUGGUGGCUGCUGUACAUCAAUAUCCUGUAAUUCCUGCACUGCUGCACUCUCGGGUUUGGUGUUGCUGAAAUGGCUCCCCAGGUAUUAAAAAGCCUUUUUUCCAGCCCUGUGACAGAAGAAGAAGUUGGGAUUCCUCAGCUCUGCUUUUCAAGGUUGUUUAUUUUCUCUUAUCUGUUACAUUCUCUCUCUGACCUGCUGAGAUUUGUCCUGCAGGCUGGUUUGUGGCACAGUCCCUGCCCUUGGGGCAGUGUUGGCUUUUUAUACUGAGAACUACAUGUACUUUAUUUACAAUAAUUUCCCAACACUUAUCACCUAUGUUAGACAGUCUGUCUCUGCUCUAAACCAAUCCAGAAGUGUCACCAUCACAGCAGAAGAUGGAAGACAAGAAGAAGAAGAAGGACAGGACAUGCCCAGAUUCCUCCAUCUUGCCUCUUGAACCCCCAUUCUAAAAACCCCAAAAUUCUACUUUUUCACCCUGUGACAAAUUCACUAUCAUUCUACUCAAACACUUGUGGCUUGUAACUCUUCACACAUAGUUGCUAAUUGUUUCCAUGUGGUAAAAUCAAAGGCACAGGUGUUUCUGACUCUGUGCCAAAGUCUCUGAGCCCCCUGCCAGGGUCUGGAGUCCUCCAGGACAGCCAGAGCAAUGUCCUGGGAUCUGACACUGCACUGCAAGCUCCCAGCUCAGAGCCUGAUACACCAUACACAGAGAGUGCUAAACUUAAAUCUGGUUUUUAUUUCUCUUCAUGAUCCAAAGCAGUUUUAAAAUCAUCCAUCAGUAAAAUCAGCAGCCUUCUCCAAAACACUCAAAUAGUCCAGUGGCUUGUGAAAUCCUCGAGAAUUUAUUUAUUUUCCCUCCAUGAGUGUUUCUUUGUGGUGUGUGUGAUGUUGGAAGAUGGGAGGUGAGCAGAUGUUGUGGUUAUCAGCUGUGUGUUGCUAACACCCCUGUAAAUCUUAGAAACACUGGAAAUGCUGUUAAUAUCCAGUGUGCUCAUUGGAAUCAAUAGUGAAAGCACAGCACAGGGAGGAUUUAAGUGAAUAUGUUGUGAUGAUAGAUACUUACUAAUAAAAGUAAUUGUUCCUGGAAUGGUCUCUGGAAGCUGCAGGUUUACUGAGGUGAGGAGAGCACAGGGGCCAGGUGGGAGGAACACACCUGGCACACACUUGGCACACACCUG